AAUUCCAUUCCAAAACCAACAACGUUACAUUCCUCUCUCUCUCUCUCUCUCUCUCUCCUCACAAAAACCAAUCUCUAUACAUAUACUCCAUCAUUUCCCUUCAACCGUAACCAUUCCACUCUCUCUCUCUCUCUCUAAAACCAUGGACACAUCCACCAAAAAAACCCCACACUUGACACUCCUCAUCUCCACCCUCCUCCUCCUCCACAUCACCGCCGUAACCUCCAUCGGCGUCAACUACGGCGCCAUGGGCGACAACCUCCCCCCACCACUCCAAGUCGCCCAAUUCAUCAAGACCCAAACCACCAUCGACCGGGUCAAGAUCUUCGACAUGAACCCGGACAUCAUCCGCGCCUUCGCCGGCACCAACAUCCCCCUCUCCGUCACCAUCCCCAACGGCCUCAUCCCCGUCCUUUCCAACCUCACCGCCGCCCGCCAGUGGGUCGGGUCUAACAUCCGACCCUUCUACCCCUCCACGAGAUUCGAGUACAUCCUCGUAGGCUCCGAGGUCCUCCACUGGGGCGACGCCGCCAUGGUCAACAACCUCGUCCCCGCCAUGAGAUCCAUCCACCACGCGCUCCUGAAAUCCAAUUUCACCGCCAUCAAAGUCACCACCCCGCAUUCCCUCGGCAUUUUGAACAGCUCGCGGCCGCCCAGCUCCGCAAGCUUCCAGUUCGGUUGGCAGAAGUACUUCUUAACCCCUAUGCUUGAAUUCCACCGCGAAGCCAAGUCCCCCUUCAUGGUGAACCCGUACCCGUACUUCGCGUGGAACCCGAAGGACAACAACUUCGCGUUGUUCAAACCUAACCCGGGGCUUUUCGAUCGGGCGACGGGCAAGAACUACACGGACGCUUACGACCUGUUGCUGGACGCGGUGUACAUGUCGAUGAAGAAGCUGGGGUUCGGGGACGUGGAGAUAGCGGUGGGCGAGACCGGGUGGCCGUCGGCGGGGGAUCCGGGGAUGUGGUGGUGUACGGUGGAGAAUGCGCGGUGGCAUAACUUGAACGUGGCGAGGAAGGCCGGGUCGGGGGUGGGGACGCCGUUGAUGCCGGGGAGGAAGUUCGAGACGUUUUUGUUCUCGCUGUUCAAUGAGAAUCUGAAGCCGGGGGCGGCGGAUGAGAGGAAUUUCGGGUUGUUUCGGCCGGAUUUCUCGGCGGUUUAUGACAUCGGGAUUAUGCGACAGUCUCAGCCUGGUGGCGGUGGUAGUGUGGCGCCAGCACCGGUUACUCCCACAUCAGGAAAGGAGUGGUGUGUGCCAAAGUCAGGAGCUACCGAAGCCUCAUUGCAGGCAAACAUUAACUGGGCGUGCACUGAUGGAGGAGUAGAUUGCAGUGCCAUUAAAGCCGGCGGGGCGUGCUUCAACCCUAACACUGUCAAGUCCCACGCCGCAUACAUCAUGAACGCUUACUAUCAGGCAAAGGGUCACCAGGAUUUCAACUGCGACUUCUCUGGCACCGGUUCUGUGACGACCUCUGACCCAAGUUAUGGUGCAUGUAAAUACACGGCUUGAGUCUGGAAGCAGGUACUCAUAUAUUGGGGAGACUAAUCCGGGCGUGCUUUUUUGCGUGGACAGGGAAGUAGAAAGAACCGAUUUUAACCGGUAUCCCGGGAGCGGGCAUUGUUUGAUUUCCUUUUGUUGCUCGAAGAAUUUGCAUCGUAGCGUCUUAGGGUUAAGUAAUUAGAAUGUAUUUCCCGUUGUUCAUGGUACUGCCAUUGCAGCUAUUCUAUCUUAAUGUUAACCAUUUUUGCUA